CUGCGCACAUGGGCUGCCCCAGCUGCCUCCCCUCCGCUGUCAUAUGGUCGGGCCCGGGCGGACCUGCCCUUGCGCUCCCCCCGGGGCAGCCCCCGCCAUGAACUGCCGCGCCGAGGUGCUGGAGGUGUCGGUGGAGGGCCGGCAGGUGGAGGAGGCCAUGCUGGCCGUGCUCCACACCGUCCUGCUGCACCGCAGCACCGGCAAGUUCCACUACAAGAAGGAGGGCACCUACUCCAUUGGCACCGUGGGCACCCAGGACGUGGACUGCGACUUCAUCGACUUCGCCUACGUCCGAGUCUCCUCCGAGGAGCUGGACCGAGCCCUCCGCAAGGCUGUUGGCGAGUUCAAGGACGCCCUGCGCAGCUCGGGCAGCGACGGCAUGGGGCAGAUCUCCCUGGAGUUCUACCAGAAGAAGAAGUCUCGCUGGCCCUUCUCGGAUGAGUGCAUCCCCUGGGAGCUGUGGACCGUCAAGGUGAACGUGGUGAACCUGGCCAACGAGCAGGAGCGGCAGAUCUGCCGCGAGAAGGUGGGGGAGAAGCUCUGCGAGAAGAUCAUCAACAUCGUGGAGGUGAUGAACCGCCACGAGUACCUGCCCAAGAUGCCCACCCAGUCCGAGGUGGACAACGUCUUCGACACCAGCCUGAAGGACGUGCAGCCCUACCUCUACAAGAUCUCCUACCAGAUCACAGACUCCCUGGGCACCUCGGUCACCACCACCAUGCGCAGGCUCAUCAAGGACACCCUGGCCCUGUAGCGCCGCCCGGGCAGCAUCUCCUCAGGUGGUGGCACCUCCCUGGCGUAGCCCUGGGCUCUCUGAGGCAGUGACUCUGCUUGGGUCCUU